AUGGUUUCCUCAGGUCCCCCGAACCCAAUGGGACCUGGGCAGCCAAUGGGUGCUGCUUCUCUUCUCCGGACGAAUUCCAGCCUGCUCAGUGGUGGCCAGCAGGGAAUGGGUAGCGGCGGCAUGCUUCAGUCACAGUCCCCAUUCUCAUCUCUUGUUUCCCCGCGCACACAGUUUGGUGGGAAUGGCCUGCUUGGAGGGUCCUCGAAUGUCUCCCCCCUGCUCAACAGGCAGUCCUUUGGAAAUGGGGGGGCUGUGCCGGGUCCAGGGCAAAUGGCUAAUGGCGGGCUUCCGAUGAAUACACUUCAGCAAAGAGGGGGGCUUGAUGGUGCUGGUGACUUGAUUGGCAUGGGUGGAUCUGAUCCUAUGUCAUCCUCCCAGGUUAGUUUGGGCAAUCACCUAGGUUCAGAUAACUUGCAGCAGCAGCAGCAGAAGAUGGAUAUGCAGGAUUUGCAACAGCAGCAGCAGCAGCACCACCACCAACUACCGAUGUCUUACAAUCAGCAGCAAGUGCCAACGCAACCGCUGCAGCUGCAUGCUACAGUGAAGAUGGAGAAUGGCGGCAGCAUAGGUGGAGUCAAAUUAGAACAGCAGAUGGGACAGCUUGACCAAAAUGGCCCAGCCCAGAUGAUGCGCAAUGCUGGCAAUGUAAAAUUUGAGCCACAUCAGUUGCAAUCAUUGAGGGGUUUGGGUGCGGUGAAGAUGGAGCAACCGAAUUCAGAUCCAUCAGCAUUCUUGCAGCAACAGCAGCAGCAGCAGCAGCACCAUUUGUUACAGCUCACGAAGCAGAACCCUCAAGCUGCUGCGGCGGCCCAACUGAACCUUUUGCAACAACAGCGUAUCAUGCAUAUGCAGCAGCAGCAACAACAACAGAUUCUGAAGAACCUUCCUUUACAGAGAAAUCAAUUACAGCAGCAGCAGCAGCAACAACAACAGCAGCAACAACAUCAACAUCAUCAGCAGCAGUUACUUCGUCAACAAAGUCUAAACAUAAGGACUCCAGGAAAGCCGGCUUCCUAUGAGCCAGGUACCUGUGCAAAGAGACUGACCCAUUACAUGUAUCAUCAACAAAACAGGCCACAGGAUAAUAAUAUUGAGUACUGGAGAAACUUUGUCAACGAGUAUUUCGCGCCCACUGCCAAAAAGAGGUGGUGUGUAUCUCUCUAUGGAACUGGUCGUCAAACUACUGGAGUUUUCCCUCAGGUUUACUAUUGCUGUCCUCAUCGAAUCGAUGUCUGGCACUGUGAAAUAUGCAAUCGGAAGCCUGGCCGGGGCUUUGAGACAACAGUUGAGGUCUUACCGCGAUUAUGCCAAAUCAAAUAUGCGAGUGGGACAUUGGAAGAACUAUUGUAUAUUGAUAUGCCACGUGAAUCCAAAAAUGCAUCUGGUCAGAUUGUUUUGGACUAUACUAAAGCAAUCCAGGAAAGUGUCUUUGAGCAAUUGCGUGUUGUACGCGAGGGGCAUCUAAGGAUAAUUUUUAAUCCAGACCUCAAGAUUGCAUCUUGGGAGUUCUGUGCUAGGCGUCAUGAGGAACUUAUCCCACGGAGGUCAAUAAUACCACAGGUUAGUCAGCUUGGCGCAGUUGUACAAAAGUACCAGGCUGCUGCUCAAAAUCCAACGAGUUUAACAACUCAGGACAUGCAGAAUAAUUGCAAUUCGUUUGUUGCAUGUGCCCGCCAACUGGCUAAAGCUCUGGAGGUGCCUUUGGUAAAUGAUUUAGGAUACACAAAACGAUAUGUCCGCUGCCUUCAGAUUGCAGAGGUGGUAAACUGUAUGAAAGAUUUGAUUGACCACAGCAAGCAGACUGGAUCUGGACCAAUCGAUAGCCUGCAUAAAUUUCCUCGGAGGACUCCAUCAGGGAUCAACCCUCUUCAACCACAGCAGCAACAACCUGAAGAACAGCAAUCUGUUCCGCAGAGUUCAAACCAGAGUGGUCAAAAUUCUGCCCCUAUGGCUGGGGCGCAGGCUUCUGCCUCUGCCAAUGCAGAUGUGACAUCAAAUAAUUCUCUCAGUUGUGCACCCUCUACAUCUGCACCUUCACCAACUGUUAUGGGGAUUCUUCAGGGUUCAAUUGAUUCUAGCCAAGAUCAUCUAAUGAGCAGUGCAAAUGGUCAGUAUAACAGUGGGAAUAAUGGUGCAAUUCCCAAGGUGAACCCGGCAAGUUCAUUACAGUCAAAUCCUUCUACCUCUUUCCCUUCCCAGGUACCUAUAUCAUCCAAUAACAACAUGAUGCCUGCCCUUCAGAAUACAAACCAACUCAGUUCCCCAGCAGUAUCAUCAAACUUGCCGCCAAUGCAGCCUCCUGCAACUCGAUCUCAGGAGCCUGAGCAAAGUGAUGCCCAAAGCUCGGUUGAGAGAAUCUUGCAAGAGAUGAUGUCAUCACAAAUGAAUGGUGUUGGCCAUGCAGGGAAUGACAUGAAGAGACCAAACGGAUUUACUCCUGGUAUUAAUGGGGUUAACUGCUUAGUUGGUAAUGCUGUCACAAAUCACUCUGGAGUCGGAGGAAUGGGGUUGGGGGCCAUGGGUGGGUUCGGUUCAAAUCCUACAGCUAAUGGAUUGAGAAUGGCAGUGACGAACAAUGCAAUGGCAAUGAACGGGAGGAUGGGAAUGCAUCAAAGCGCACAUGACCUAUCACAGUUGGGCCAGCAGCAGCAGCAACAACAGCAGCAGCAGCAGCAUGACAUAGGAAAUCAGCUGUUGGGUGGACUUAGAGCAGGAAAUAGCUUCAAUAAUCUUCAGUAUGAUUGGAAACCCUCUCAAUAG